AUGACAGAGGGAAUGAAAAACCUGGUCUUCUUUGUUGAUGAUAUAUGCAUACAUAAUAACACAUGGGCAGAACACAUAGAAACACUAAAAGAACUACUGGAAAGACUUAGAAAACAUGGGGUUACCAUAGCACCAGAGAAACUGCAUAAAGAAGUGAAAGCAUUGUUGGGACUAUGCAAUUUUUAUAACAUUUUUGUGGAUAAAUAUGCUGAACUUACUACUCCUUUAAGAAAAUUACUAUCCAAAGACAAAGUUAAACUAGUGUGGACACAGGAAUGUGAAAGUACCUUGAAUAUAAUAAAGGCUGAAUUCAUGAGUGACAAGGUACCAAUAUCACCAGAUUUUAAUUUCAAGUUGGAGAUAAAAACAGUAAAGGGACAGCACAAUACACUAGCUGAUUUUUUAUCAAGACAGAUUGAAGAUAAAAAAACAAACAUGGAACUGACUAAAGAAAAUAAUGACCUGAGACAUAUCAGCCAAUCCUUAUAA